AUGUCUUCCAAGUGCGUAGAACAAACGUGCCCGAAGAAACCGGCGCGGCGAUCAAGAUAUGGAUGCCGGAAUUGCAAGCUGAGAAAACUCAAGUGCGAUGAGAGCAAACCUCGCUGUAAAAAGUGCAGCUCAUUUGGGGUGCUGUGCAACUUUGGACUGAACGUACCCGAUCUUCACCCAAUUACUCCCAACACCGUGAAGGCCGUGGUUCGAUGCAAGCCGUCGCCUCAAAGACCUGUCGCGAGCGCUGUGUGGACCUCGGAUGAGUAUACCAUCUUUCAGCUCAAUGCGAAAUGUCAAGACUUUGUGACGAGAUACUAUGCGAGAAGUCUCUUGACGCCGGAUGAUGGGAACAUGAUCGACGUCAAUCAGAGGCUGUUCAAACUCGCCUUCACUAACCCAUGCUUGAUGCACGCUUCUCUAGCCGUGGCACUUACAUACGAUCGCUAUCUAAACACUUCAUUAAGCUCUCCCCGGACUCUUGAAAAAUGCUAUCAUUGGUCCCAGAGCACAGCGUUCUUCAACAGGAAGCUACGCGAACCUGUCAAGACGCAGGACAAGGACCCGAUAUGGGGUACAGCAGCUGCUCUCGCUGUCUUGACGUUCUCGUCGCCAGAUGCAUACAGAACUGAAGACUCGUGGCCUCUAAAAACUGGCGACGAUGACCUCGAUUGGGUGUCAAUGAUCAGUGGAAAGAUGUCGCUGUGGAAUAUGGUAGAUCCUCUACGAAAUGACAGCCUAUUUCGCGUCAUGGCUGUUACGAUUGCGCAGAUGCAAGCGCCAUUACCAGAAAUAGGGAUACGCGGUAUACCAGAGCAACUAGCCGCUGUCUGUCGGCUGAACGAGACAUCUACCCCAGAAAGUCCUUAUUUCUACGCUGCGCAUGCGGUGUCGCGCAUUCUUUAUCUACUGGAUAGCCAAGUCACAACGGGACAGACGCAGCUCUUCACGCACAGGAUCGAAGGCGCCUUCAAGGAGUUGCUCCUUGCGAGAGACCCAGUCGCGUUAUUGCUACUGUAUAUAUGGUAUCGCAAGGCAGGACGGAGUAUAUGGUGGGUCGAGCUUCGAGCGCGGGUGGAAUGCCCGGCGAUCUGUCUGUAUCUCCAGCGCUAUCACGCGGACGAGGUCGCAGUGCAUGCGCUGCUUCAGAGCGCAAUCACAAUCGGAUGA